AGGAGCCAUCCACCAACCGUGCUAAUAUUAGUUGCAUCCUCUCUUGACUAUAACACCACUUCAUGCAAAUCACUCAAUAUCCCCAUGCGGAUGAAGCCGCCGCAAAGACCUUCUCCACUUCUCUUGACUAAUGCAUAUGUCUCUGUGUGUGUGUGUGUAUAUAUACACACACAUGUCAUAGUCCCAGAAAAUCUAUCAGUCAUCAUCAGCACAUUGCAGCUAAAGGACUGAGAAUAUGGCAACUUCAAGACUCUCUGUUUUUCUGUCCUUGGUUGUCACACUCUCGACAGUCCCUGUUGGAUCUCUCGCCAGCGACCCCCCAUUGACACUCGACUACUAUUCGUCCUCGUGCCCGACAGUGCUCGAGAUUGUCAGAAAAGAGAUGGAGUGCGCGGUUCUGUCCGAUCCCCGGAAUGCUGCUUUGGUAGUUCGGUUACACUUCCACGACUGCUUCGUUCAGGGAUGUGAUGGCUCGGUUCUGCUAGAUGAUACCUUCACGCUGAAAGGAGAGAAGACGGCUUCUCCGAAUGUGAACUCCCUCAUAGGUUUCGAGAUUAUUGAUCGAAUCAAGAACUAUCUUGAGUCGGAGUGCCCUGGAAUUGUCUCGUGUGCCGAUAUCUUAACAAUCGCUGCUAGGGAUGCUGUCAUUUUGGUAGGAGGACCUUACUGGGAUGUUCCUUUGGGGAGAAAGGACUCUAAAACCGCUAGCUUUGAGCUUGCAAACGAGAACAUCCCUACCGCGAAUGAGGAUCUUCGAGGCAUCAUCUCCAAGUUCCUCUAUCAGGGCCUUUCAAUUACAGACACGGUUGCGCUUGCAGGUGCUCACACGAUUGGGAUGGCUCGGUGUGAGAACUUCCGAGCGCGGAUCUACGAAGACUUAGGAGGAAGCUCACAUCUCAGCGGCUUGAAAUCGACUUGCCCUGCUGCAGAAGGAGGGGACGAUAAUAUCGCACCGAUGGACUAUGUGAGUCCCAACGUUUUUGACAAUUCCUUCUACAGUCUACUGCUAAAGAAUGAGGGACUGUUGAACUCGGACCAGGAGAUGUACUCGAGCGUGCUCGCAGUGCAGACCAAGGGACUAGUGAGGAAGUAUGCGGAAGAUUCCGUGGCUUUCUUCCAGCAGUUUUCCGACUCCAUGGUGAAAAUGGGAAAUAUCACGAAUUCCGACAGCUUUGUGAAUGGACAAGUGAGGAAGAAUUGCAGAUUUAUCAACACAUAGACCGUUGAAGAGAAGGAGUGAUCAUUAAUACCGUAAUUUCUCCUUAUACCGGAAAACUCUUAAAAUGUAGAAAAUUUUAUAAUUGUUCUUUUGCUGUGUAUGAAUUAUUGAGUGGAUUUGUAAUGUCAAUAUUAAUUCUAUUGAAAGAGAUUCCGUAAGUAA